AUGAGAGAUGAGCCUAAUCCCACAACAGUCAAAACCGUUAAAACAAUGCUUAGAAACCGUCUUGGUACCGCUUUGAUAGCUUUUGCUUCUAGACCGGCUUUUUAUAGACAACAGCUUUUUUUCCCGCUUUUAAAAUGCACUUAUUCUGAGGACUUUACGCAAAAGACUAAGCUUCACUCAACCAAUGAUGUGCAAAAUCCAGAAACUCAAGAUAACAGUACUAGCUCGACAACGCAGCCUUGGUAUAUGAAUGUUGGAAGAGAACAGCUUCAAGAUAAUAGUUUUCCUCAGCAAAAAAUAGAACUCCCCGAGGAUGCGCCUGAAUCGUUGCAAAUACUAGCCACAUUUCUCAGAGAUGAACUGGGACUUACCGAUAUACUCAUAUUUGAGACCAAAGACUUGAAAGAUGGUCAGACUACCGCAGUUGCCAAGUUUAGCGACUUCAUUGUCUUGGCCUCAGCCAAGUCCGGUAAACACUGUUAUAAGAGUUUUGUAGAGGUCAACACUUUGCUAAAACAAAAAUUCAAAGUGCAACCACAUGUUGAAGGGAACGUAAGCGCUAACGAGCUUCGCAGACGUCAGCGAAGACUGGCCAGACACACCAACUUGAGUAAAUCACAGGGCUCUCGCCCUGCGGUCACUAGAAGCGCUACACAAGCAGAUUCAUGGUACUUAAUCGAUUGUCGAGUCAAUAACAUUUUUCUCAAUAUCAUGUCAGAGACAAGGCGACAACAACUGAAUUUGGAGGAGCUUUAUGCCCCACCAGAAGACAAGCAUCUUUUCAGACGCCAGCAAAUAGACUCCGAUAUUUCUGUUGGGGAAGAUGACGACAAUGUUUUGGCUGGUCUAAAGCGACUUGCAGCUCGCAACCAGAAAAGACUAUAUUCAACUAUACCAGAAAAACGAUUACUUGUCGAUCGAUUACUACAACAAGAUUUCAAGGCCGCAAACCGUUUGGCAGCAGCGGAUGGGGCAUUGUCAACGCUAAAGACCAGCUUAGAAGCUUUAAAGUUAAUACCGAUAAACACUACCGUUCAAGUUCAAGAUUGGCUGAACUUUUUUAACGGAGUGUGGAGUCCCGAAUUUGGGCUUGAUACAGAAUACUGGCAUCUCAGGUUACAUUUUUUGAAAUUACUCAACAGCUGCGAAGGUAGCCGUCUCACUUUGGAAGAAUUCUUUACCAACUUUCUACAAUUCAAGUUGGCUAGUGGAAAUCUAUUAACAAAGACAGAUCUAUUAGAGUUUUUGCAAACAGCUUACGCAAACCUUCAGGAAGGGCAAGAGCUUACAACGGUGAAUAGAGUGGUGAUUCAAGCUUUACAACUCUUCAAAGGCAUUGAACCUGAACUUCUACUUGACCCUGAAGUGAUUUGCUUGCUGCUCAAGACCAUGAAUGGGCCGUACGCAUCAUUGGAGUCGCUAAACGGGAUGAUCGAUUUCAUCUGUGCAGAAUAUUCUUCACACAUUCCGAUUCCCGUAAUUGAGACCAUUUUACAAUCUUUGGCUCAGAGACAAGAAUACAUGAAAGCACUCAAAUUUUGGGAAAAUGGGAUAAAACUACGAAAUGCUAGCGACUAUAGACCUUGGUCCUUUUUCGUCAAUAUGAUUGCGGACUCUCGCGAUACCAAAUUCAUUAGGAAUGUACUCAAUGAGGGACAUUUAUUGUGGAUAAAGCGUAACGACGUUAUAGUGGGUCCAGAACUAGGGAGAGCUCUUGAGUAUCUUUUCGAUACUGUAGAUCCAAAAAACAUCGCAUAUAGUGACUUGAGAGCAUUUCUAACACAAGAUUGA